AUGGCUGCGGUGGUCAGUCUAUGGGAUGGAAUGGUUCCAACAAUCAAGGUGCGUCUUCUUAUGGAGGUCGUCCCAGUUACCCGGAUCCUGACAAGUUUUAUGGUCAGAACGUCGACGCUAGCCAGUCUAUGUACUGGCAAGCCUCGAACGAGCAAAACGCGACCUGGUACGGCUAUGGUCACGGUCAGGAGGUGAACACUGGUCAGUAUACGCAAGGGGAGAACUCUAACGAUCAAGGUGCGACCUCGUAUGGUCAUGGCAACGGCCAGGCGGUGAACACGGGUCAGUAUACGCAAGGGGAGAACUCUGACGAUCAAGCCGCGACCGGCUACGAUUACGGUCAUGAUUAUGGUUAUCUGCCGUAUACAGGAAUAUGGUUUUCGUGA